GGCAACUUUUGUAUCCGACGCGUAGGAGUCUGAGAAGUGCAGCCAGCCGUGGACUCCGCUUUUGGCCCGCCCCACGGUCGUCCCCGGCCCUGCAGCGGAAUUCUCGGUCCUGGAAUCGCGGAGGACUCUGGGCAGCGCAGUUCCCGCAAGGCGGGAGGCCAUUGUCCGCUGCAGCGAUCCGGCGCGUUAGGUACAAGGAGGUGCCCACUGUGGACGGCCGCGCCCGGCUUCGGUGCUGGCGGGCUCCGCUGAGGUUUAAGGCACUGCCCUUCUAUAAGAAGAGAGCCUGGAAAGAGGACUGUGUUGACUUUUGGAAAUUGCAGAGUCAUGUUUCAGGUGACAUUUAGUGAUGUGGCCAUAGACUUCUCUCAUGAAGAGUGGGGAUGGCUAGAUCCUACUCAGAGGAAUUUAUACAAGGAUGUGAUGGUACAGAAUUAUGAGAACCUGGUAUCUCUAGCAGGUCUUUCCAUACCUAAGCCAUACGUGAUUGCUUUAUUGGAGGAUGGCAAAGAACCUUGGAUGGUGGAGAAAAAGCUGUCAAAAAGUUUGUUUCCAGAUUGGAAAUCAAGAUGGGAAAGCAAAGAAUUAUCAACGAAGGAAGAUAUUUAUGAUGAAGAUUUUCCCCAAAUGGUAAUAAUGGAAAAAACUAUAAAACAAAGUCAUGAAUUUUCAAAUUUUAACAAGGACUUGGAUUAUAUAGAGAAGUUGGAGGGGAAGUGUGAAAAUCAGGUAGAACAUUUCAGACCAGUGACCCUCACCUUUAGAGAAAGUCCCACCAGGGAAAGUGUUUACAAAUGUAGUAAGUUUAGAAGCAUCUUGCCUUUAAAGUUUAUUCUUUCUGAACCACAGAGAAUUUCUGCUGAAGGGAAGUCACAUAAACGUGAUAUAUUUAAGAAGAGCUUACCAGCAAAUUCAGUUAUAAAAAAUGAGAAUAUCAAUGAUGGAAAGAAACUUUUGAAUUCUGAUGAAAGUGUGGCAGCCUUCAGCCAAAGCAAAUCUCUUACCCUUCACCAGACUUUUAAUAGAGAGAAAAUCUAUACAUGUAGUGAAUGUGGGAAAGCCUUUGGGAAACAAUCAAUCCUUAAUCGCCAUUGGAGAAUUCACACAGGAGAGAAACCCUAUGAAUGUCAUGAAUGUGGGAAGACUUUUAGCCAUGGCUCAUCCCUUACUCGACAUCAAAUAAGCCACAGUGGAGAGAAACCUUACAAAUGUAUUGAAUGUGGGAAGGCCUUUAGCCAUGUCUCAUCACUUACUAAUCAUCAAAGCACUCACACUGGAGAGAAACCAUAUGAAUGUAUGAACUGUGGAAAGGCUUUUAGUCGUGUUUCACAUCUCAUUGAACAUCUGAGAAUUCAUACUCAAGAAAAACUCUAUGAAUGUCGAAUAUGUGGGAAGGCCUUUAUUCACAGGUCAUCUCUCAUUCACCAUCAGAAAAUUCACACUGGAGAGAAACCUUAUGAAUGUAGCGAAUGUGGAAAAGCCUUUUGCUGUAGCUCACACCUUACUCGACAUCAAAGAAUUCACAGUAUAGAGAAACAAUUUGAAUGCAACAAAUGUCUGAAAGUCUUUAGCAGCCUCUCAUUUCUUAUUCAGCAUCAGAGUAUUCAUACUGAAGAAAAACCCUUCGAAUGUCAAAAAUGCAGGAAAUCCUUCAGCCAGCCUGAAUCACUGAAUAUGCAUUUGAGAAACCACACUAGAUUGAAACCUUAUGAAUGUAGUAUAUGUGGGAAAGCCUUCAGUCAUAGGGCAUCCCUGUUUCAACAUCACAGAAUUCAUACUGGAGAGAAACCCUAUGAAUGUAUUAAAUGUGGGAAGACCUUCAGCUGUAGUUCAAACCUUACUGUACAUCAGAGAAUUCAUACUGGAGAAAAGCCAUAUAAAUGUAAUGAGUGUGGGAAAGCAUUUAGCAAAGGCUCAAAUCUUACUGCCCAUCAAAGAGUACAUAAUGGAGAGAAACCCAGUAGUACAAUAAGUGUGGAAAAGCCUUUAGGCCAUAUAAAUCACUAUACAUGUGAAAGAUCAUAUAAGAGAGAAACUGCAUAAAUGUAGAAUUUGUCAUAAUAUACUGUAGCCAUAGAUCCUCCCUGAUUCAAAAUCAGAAAAUCUAUACUGGAGAAAAUUCUUAUGAAUGUAAUGAAUAUGGGAAACUCUUUAGCAAUGAUACAAGCCUUAUUGUCUAUCACAAUUCACACUGUAGAGAGACUAUAUGAAGGCAGUAGAUGUGGGAAAGACUAGCCAGCAUUAAUCCCUUAACUGACAUAAGUAAAUCCACACUGGGGAGAAACCCUUUACAUGUUACAAGUACGGGAAGGACAUUAGGUGAUAUGAAUCUCUUAAAAAACAUUAAACACAUACAGGAGAGAAGCAAUAUGAAUAUAAAAAUUGUGGGAAGUCCAGUUAAAAUGCAUCCCUCAUUUUACAUCAAAGAACUCACACUGGAAAGAAAGCUUAUGUAAGAAAUGUAGCAAAGUGUUCACUAAGCAUUCUUAGCUUGCUAGACAUCAGAAGAUUAACGUUAGAAAAACCUGAAGGAUUUAGGAAUUAUGUGUAAGUCUUUCUUUGCAAUGAUGCUAAUUUGUAAACAAUUCUACAGGAGAACAAACAAGCAUAUUAUAAAUGAAUAUGCAUAUCUUAUAGUAGCAGCAUGCAUUUUACUCAAGAGUUCUACAUAGAAAUUAUCUUUAGCUAAUGGGCAUGUGAAGAUAUUUAGUCACCCAGUGGAUCCAAUAAAUGUUAUAAUUGAAAAUUAAAGUUGCAACAGAAGUAAAAAGUGGUGUGAAUAAAAUUUUUGGUCUCUAGUAAAAUUAUUUUGUAUAUAUUGGACUCUUUCACUGACACACUGAUAUUUCUUACAAAAUUUUCCACUACUUUCCUCUUGAAGAAUUAGGAUCAGCUUUCCUAUAUAGCCUUCAGUAGGACACUAACAAACCUAGAAAAAAAUGGCCUGAUCUCUGAGCUAAGAAUGUCUCUAUUUUGAUAAGGAUAAUCCACAGUCCAUUUCCAGUUGGCUUAAUUGACACAUUUUAAUUUUUACAAGUGCUGUGAGAACAUAACCAAGAAACUAUACAUACUAUGAGGGAUUAAAGCAGAGAGGAUGUGCUUUUUAAUCCAAAUCCUAAGGAAUGAGUCCUAAUUACAGUGAUCCUCCAUAACUGCAGAUUCUGCAUCUGCAGAUUCAACCACUGGCAGUUGGAAAAUGUUAAAAUAAGUUUUUAUCCAGAAAGUUCUAAAAAGAAAAACUUGAACUUACCGGCUGCAGGCAGUUAUUUACAUGGUAUGUACAUUGUGUUUACAACUACAUGGCAUUUACAUUGUAUUAGGUAUUAUAAGUAACCUAGGGAUAAUUUAAAGUAUACAGGAGGAUGUGCCUAAGUUAUAGCAAAUACUAUGCCAUUUUAUGUAAGGGAUUUGGAGCACCUGCAGAUUUUUGUAUCCAUAGUGGGUGAGGGAGUAUGUUGGUCCUGGAACCAGUCCCUCACAGAUGCUGAGGACAACUGUAUGUAAGGCACACAUGCUCUUGGAGUUCAUUCUAGGCAAAGCAGACAAGCAAGUUCUAUCAUGUUUUCUGCAUCCAGAAUACAUUAUUCAGUGUCUAGUUUCAAGUUUUGUGGCUUUGAGGUACUACUGUUGGCAGCAACACUAGUAACAGCAGCAGUCAUUUCCCCAUCCCUUGAUCAUUGUUAUGGGAGGUUGGAAUUUACUAGUCCAGAGCUGUUCCCAUUACUUCUCCAGCCUGCUCACCAAUUUUGAGAGCACUAGUAUCCUGCAACAUAUCUUCUUAAAAUAGUUUUUGUUUUCUACACUGAACCUUGACAGAUAAUUAUAAGGGGGAUGGCUUCAAAUAUAAGUUUCAGAUAAGAAAUGGAAUAGCCUUACAGGCUUCACAGUUUCCUUUCUUGUGACUGGAAAGGUGAUACAGAUCAGCGAUUAGGAUUGUAUGGACACAGUUGCAAGUAAAGGGCAGUUAUAUAAUUUAUAUUCCAGAUUAUGUUCUCUAUGGCAUUUGAUAGUUGUAAGACAUUAUUUUAAGGAAGAAUAUUAUAUUGGUGAUAUAAUUCUGGUAUGGAAUGAGUAAUAGGGUUUCCAACUUUAGACAAAAUAUUCUACUCUGGUACAUAUGCUACUUUUAACAGAAAGCUAAGAGGUGAAGGCACAUAGCAAUUCUCACCAGGUAUAGUGGGUCUGGAAUGGGAUGGUGAAGUUUUAAUAUUAAGCAGAAAUUUAUCUUUCCUUUGAUUUAGUUUUAGUUAUAAGAUUUAUUUCGACAUUCUAUGGCAUGUUGAAGGAUCUUCGAUAAAUUUAUAAUUAAAGGAGUAUGGGAUGGUAUCAAACAAGGAUAAGAACAUUUAUAAUUAUGGAUAGACUGGCCCCUAGAAGUAUAUUUAGUUGUGCAAUAAUGGCGGUAGCUUUUUGUUUCUCCUGUGCUCUGUCCUCUGUUCUCCUAAGCACUGAUACAGCAAAGAUGAAGUAGUCCUUUAAUCCCCCAGAUUUUAUUCGCUUUCACUACACAUAGUUUUAUGCCAUCUUGUUAUUUUGUUAUGAGGAUUCGUCCAAAUACUCAUACUUUGUCAUUUAAAAAGCAUGAGCAUACACGAUAAUGUUUUACAAAUCUUGAUUUAAAGUGCCUUCACAAUAAUACUGAACUAGGAAAAGAAAUCCAGAGACUUAAAUAUUUGAGAUAGUGACGGUUUUAAGAAAGCAGUAAGAGUAUAUACCUGAGAUCAUAAUGAUGUUAUAAUGUCACCAAUGGAGAAUCAUGCUCAGUCUUAUCUCUUAACCAUUUCUUGAUGUGUAUGAAGAGCACAGGCUCUGGAGUCAUGUUACCUGGGUAUAAAACCAAGUUAUGUGUAUACUGGCUUUGUAUGACCUUGGACAAAUUACUUUGCUGCACCAUGCCUAAGUUUCUCCAUCUGUAAAAUGAUGAUAAUAAGAUCUCAGGAUUA